UGGCAUACAAUUAUUUAGAUUGACCGCAGACAUUGUAGUGGAAAAAUGGUACUCUAUGCGCUUCAUAUAUUUGGUGUCGUAGUACUUGGAUUGUGUAUGGCGGAAAAAUUGGAUCUUCCUGUGACAACCUGCAAGCGCGAUGCAGCCAACUAUUCGUCUUGUUUAAAACGCGCGUGUAGAGAAGCAUGGCCACUUUUUGUAAAAGGCCUCCCUGCUGAAUUUGACUUUCCACCUUUGUAUCCAUACUUUUACGAAUAUGAACACGAGACAUUUGAUAGUGGCGAACUACAUGCAGAAGUAACUGUUUCAAAUGCAACUAUUAAAGGUUAUGAAAUGAUACGUUUCAUGAAUGUGAGACCGCACUUUCUCAAUGAAAUUUUUCGUUUGGAGAUCAAUAUACGUAUAUCAAGAGUAUUAGUAGAUGGUAUCUGCGAAGCUUACGGGAAUUUAGGCCCGUUCAGAAUAGGCGGCAAAGGUACAUAAAUAAAUCUUCUAUAUUUAAACAAGAUUUGGUCGUAGGCA